GCGGGGGAAUUUCGAAGCUCUGCGCGCCAGGACUGCCUAAACUCUGGAAAAGGACGAGGCGGACAGGGGCAAUCGCGCGCCUGAGUGAGGAGGACAUCGGGUAUAUCUUCGUAGCGAAGGGGAAGAAAAACCGGGGAGAGACACUGAGACGAUGGUCAAGUCAGAGGCUGGCCAUUGACCCUCGGCAAACGAACGAGCGACCAAGAGAGAGAGAGAGACAGAGAGAGAGAGAGAGAGAGAUUGAAAUCGGCUGUAAAGGUGGUGCAGUAGUCGGUUGUUGUUGUCGAAAAACGCACCAAGAUGCAGGCGAUGGACAGAGCCCAGGAGUUGACUGGAGGGGAGGCGGCCCCCCAGCCGCGCAGUGGAGAGGAGAGGGAGGACGACAUAAGUCAGAUACUGAAGACGGCGGAGCUGAAGCACGAGACCGGGGAACAGGCGGCGGAGGAAGCCCGGGAAAAGGGCCUGACCGAAAGGGAGUAUGUGGCCGAGAAUCAAGGGCAGCGGAAGGACAAGGACGCGCGGGUGGGUCAGCAGCUGAUGAGCCAGAUGGGGUCGGAACCACUCUUCGGAGUUCCUGCGGCCGAAGAAGUGUCAGACGAGACAAAGAGAGCGAGCGCGAGCGCGGUUAAGUUGGGAGAAGUGGUUGCAGAGACAGCGAGGCAGAAGGGAUUGCUAGACGAAGCGGAGGUGGUGGAGAGUAGAGGCGGAGAAAUUCAGUCAAGCCAAAGAGGAGAGCAUGACCGUGCUGACCCUCUCGAGCAGCAGCAAACGACUGAGGACCCUCCCAAUCAACGGGAUAGGACGGACACAGACGCAGAUCGCAGUCCCGGUGCGAGUCUCACCAUGACCGAGGAAGGAGGAAGAGAGGAAGCAGCUGAUGACCGCCCGUCUAUGACCACGGAGGGGCCAAGGCCGAUAGACAUACUCUAUUAGAAAGGAGAGGGGGUGGUUUAUUAGAUAGUAGUGAGAAAGGGUGCAUUACACAGGGGCCUCGUCCGAUAGACGUAGUCUUUUAGAAAGUAGAGGGGGUGGUUUAUAGAUAGUAGUGAGGAAGGAUGCAUUCCCCCAGCACAGCACCAUUCUCCUUGCCCCACGUGUCACUGACCGGGUGUACUCCUCCAGCGCGCCUCUCUUCCUCCAGGCCGUUGACCUUGAGACCAUGGCUAGUCAAAACUGAGUCAGUUUUUACACGAACGGAAUUCCGGUAAUUAUGACCGUAUCUGGACUUGAAGUUGCACGAGAUACAGCUAAAUAACCGGGCGCUCUAUUCGGGUGAAGACGGUAGUCAGAGCUUUCUACACGCGUCUUGAGCGGGGAAAAAAAAACUAGAGGGGGUGGUUUAUAGAUAGUAGUGAGGAAUGCAUUCCCCCAGCACAGCACCAUUCUCCUUGCCCCACGUGUCACUGACCGGGUGUACUCCUCCAGCGCGCCUCUCUUCGUCCAGGCCAUUGACCUUGAGACCAUAACUAGUCAAAACUGAGUCAGUCUUUACACGAACGGAAUUCCGGUAAUUAUGACCAUAUCUGGACUGCAAGUUGCACGAGAUACAGGUAUAAUAACCGGGCGCUCUAUUCGGGUGAAGACGGUAGUCAGAGCUUUCUACACGCGUCUUGAGCGGGAAAAAAAAAAACGUGGCAAACUGGGCAGGCAGCUCACAAUCGUUGGUGGAGGACUCUCUCUGGAGAGUUGAAAUCAAUGUUUCUCUAACUUUGAUGAGCUUUGAGCGUCGAGAGUGUUUAGAGACCUGAUGAGCUUUGAGCAAUAGUCUCAACCAACUAAGCAUGCUCGCGUGCGUGCGUGCAUGGUUUGAGAAUCAACUAAGCAUGCUCGCGAGCCUGGAGUAUUGGUACACCGUGUAUCAUGGUGUAUGGUUUGAUAACUUGUUCUUUUAUUUUGGCCUUCAUGAGUUUUUCCCUGCGGCGUUAAGGGGGUAUUGACUCCGUUGGUACACUGUGAAGAACUGCUGUUGUACUCAUUUCAAGAAGAAGGAAGAGAAAAGAGAGUCACAUGUAUGUUGCGUUCGAUUUCUCCUGCGUCUACGCCCGCUUCACUGGUUGUAGGCUGUGGCUGCUGCUAUCGUUCUCGUCUAGCAUGGGUAGAACGACGAUCUGUGUCUUCUCUGGGGUUGCUGCAGAGGAGGAUCUACUGACCAUGCGUCCGUGCGUGCAUUGCGUACGCGUCCGUGCAGCGUGUCUGUAGAUGCACAUGCAUUGUGUAUAUAUCCGUGCAGCAUGUAUGCAGAUGCACAUGCACGCAUGCACGCGAGCAUGGUUAGGUGAUUGAGACAUGUAGAUGCACACGCACGGAUUGUGUAUACAUCCGUGCACGGAUGGUGUAUACAUCCGUGCAGCAUGUAUGCAGAUGCACAUGCACGCAUGCACGCCAGCAUGCGUGGUUGGUUGGUGCUCCUGUGUACACAUAAGAGGAUGCGUGCAGAAAACGUAAUAAGCCCUCAUGUCGACCCGCAUCGCUUUUAAAUAGUGUCGGAACGGACGUCGUGAAGUAGCGCGUAUGAAUAAACCCCUUAAGGCUUG